CUGUUGUGGGCUUGGUGUGGUUUCGGCUGUGGGUCUGUCUGUAGCCAGAUAGAGCGCCGGCUGCGAGUCAGAAGGUGUCAGUGUUUUCAGUUAUUGGAGAUGAUGCUACUGUUUGCAGUAAGAGUUUGAAUUAUGGAAGAAGCAAGCGAGGCAAGCCACACAGAGAGACUAGAUGAACAGACAUGUAAUGCCAACCCAGAUGACUCUGACCAGCACGUCAGGCUGCAUAAGAAUCAGGAUAACCUGAAAAGACGUGUGAAGAACAGUAUUAAGUUUAAGGACUGUAGUAACCCUUGUCCUAAUAUCACUCAGUUCCCAGACCUCAUGGAAUACCUUCCGAAGGGCUAUAAUUAUCACGUGUGUUCGUACACAGUUAAUAAAAAGCACGAGGAUCACUUGGAUUUUGAAGCCAUGAUUCGUGUACAAACGAAAACGGAGGAAGAAGUGCAACAGUGGCUCCGUGUUUUGAGAGAAACUACAAAUGUGACAUGGAGGAUUGACAAAAGUAGACCACGCAAAAAACAGCGCGUUCUCUUUAAAGCCGAUUAUAGGUGCCACCACAAUACUAAGCCACGGUCUUCAAAUGCAAAUAAUAAGAGAAGGUCAAAAAACACUAACUGUCCUGCAAAACUGUACAUAACAGUGGUUCGCACUGCCAUCAGCCAGGGAAGACAGAGUGGGAGUACAGAUCCUCAUGUUCCUCUUUAUCCAACACUUAUUCGCCUGGCUAAUUUACACAACCAUGUCGUAUGUGCCAGUGAUGCUCCACGACAUCGGGAUUUUGGUGAAGAUGCCAUGAGACACUUAAGUCAGCUCUGUGAGACUGGUCACUUGACGUCUUCAGCUCCCGAUGUGCUGAAAUAUGACCUGCAAAUAGAGACCUCUGAAAACUGUAUUUACAUUUCUUCUGAUGGAGACAUCUGCCCUGAACUCCAGUACUGUGAUAGUCAACUUGGAUUUUCAGAAGGGACCAAAGUUUGUAACUCUGAGGCACUGAAGACAUCCAGUAAUUUACCAAAUGUGUCUGAUGACCAUUCCACACUCCAGUUUGACAAGAAUGAGUUCUCUACAAUUAAACAGAAAUUCCAAGACAUGUGUGAUGAACUUAUGGCAGUGAUUAAUGAUUCGCCAGAAAGUUUUGCAGAACCCGCACAAGCAAUGGUGACGAACUUUGACAGAAUUAGAAACGAUAGACUGAAGGUUCUGUCAGCCAUGCGCAUGUUUGGUCGAUACACCAGCAUCAGUUCGGCUGCGCGAAGAGCUUCCGGAAAUCAGCGCACAGCUAAGCACAGGGGCUGUACGGGAGCUGCUCAGCAGGCUCAUAGGAAGAACAAACUUGGAAGCAGAAGACAUCGUCAUGCUGGAAGCCCUACAAAAUUUCCCACAGAUCAUAUCUAUUAUUUGCAGCAGUGAAAGCAGAAAACAGUGGAAACUGUGUUUAGUAUGCGUUCACUAAACGCAUAGAAAACACACCUGCUCCUGGUCCACAGAGACUUUCUGACUCUGCUUCAGGGGAAAUAAUCAGAUUUUUUUAAUAAGGGUUAUUCUGACUAGAAACGUCUGUAGGAGGUUGCCUACAGUGUCACAUGUAAUACACAUGCUGAGCAGAAAUACAUUGAUUCUUUUUGAAAUCCUUAAAAAUAGAAUUUACUCAUAAUAUAUUCAUAUUGAGAAUGACGCUCACUCUGAUUACAGCACAAUUACUGCUGUACAGCUUAUUAUUCCUUGCACAUUGCACAUUUAUUUUAAUUUCAUAUAGUAGUGGCUCACGGGAAUCAGCCUACCUAGUGCACCAUCAUACAAAAGCGCCCCCAGGGUCUCUCCACAGAUUCCUGCCUUAAUCUGUGUGCAUCAGUGUUACUCCUGUGAACCUUUCCAUCCUCUGUGACCCCCUGUUGUUGAUCUUCUCUCUUUUCUUGGAACGCAUUACAGUCAUGUUUUUUUAAUGCCUUUCUUUUGAGUCCCAUCACAUGCCAUGCAAGCACAACAAUGACUUUUUACCGUACAAGAUGUCAUUUAUAUUAUUGCCUGUAAAAAGGUUUAAUGUUAUGUUAUUGUUAUUACAAAUGCCUUCUGAUGCUCUAUUGAUUAAUUACCUUUUUGUUUUUUUUCAUUUGCCAGUCAUCUGAACUUGAAUUGUUCCGUCUCUUGAUUUUAUUGCUUCAACAGAUUACACAGUAUUUUUAGAAUCUAA